AUGGUUGAAUAUAACGAAAGAUUUGUAAUUCCUCAAACCCAAAAAGCGGUUGUGUUUGAGACAAAUGGAGGUGAGCUCAUGUAUAAAGAUAUUCCGGUUCCGGAACCUAAACCAAAUGAGGUUUUGAUCCAUGUAUUAUAUUCUGGUGUUUGCCAUACUGAUUUGCAUGCCUGGAAGGGAGAUUGGCCAUUAGACACUAAAUUGCCAUUAGUUGGUGGCCAUGAAGGUGCUGGAAUUGUUGUCAAGUUAGGAACAGAAGUGAAAAAUUUGAAAAUCGGAGAUUACGCUGGUAUCAAAUGGCUUAACGGAUCGUGCUUAUCGUGUGAAUAUUGUGAACAGAGCUUAGAACCAAAUUGCCCAAAGGCAGAUUUAUCAGGUUACACACACGAUGGAUCGUUUCAACAAUAUGCUACUGCAGAUGCAGUUCAAGCAGCAAAGAUUCCCAAAGGUACCGAUUUAGCAGAGGUUGCUCCGAUAUUAUGCGCAGGGGUAACAGUUUACAAAGCAAUCAAGUCAGCAGGAUUGAAACAAGGGGACUGGAUCUGCAUUUCUGGUGGUGGUGGUGGUUUGGGUUCAUUAGCAAUCCAAUAUGCCAAAGCUAUGGGCUAUAGAGUGUUGGCAGUUGAUGGUGGACCAGGCAAGAAAGAGUUGUGUGAGAGAUUAGGUUGUGAGGCCUAUGUUGAUUUCACGAACUCGUCGAACAUAAAUGAUGAGAUUAUUAAAGCAACUGAUGGGGGGCCCCAUGGGGUCAUUAACGUUUCUGUAUCUCAACAAGCUAUUGCUUCAUCGGUUGAGUACGUUCGUCCAUGUGGAUCUGUUGUGUUGGUUGGUUUGCCAGCUGGAGCAGUGUGCCAGUCUCUGGUGUUUUCCCAUGUUGUCAAGUCGAUCAAGAUCAUUGGGUCGUACGUGGGCAAUCGAGCAGACACCAGAGAGGCCAUUGAUUUCUUUACCAGAGGACUAGUCAAGUCGCCCAUCAAGAUCGUGGGCUUGUCUGAGCUCUCCCACGUCUAUGAGGAAAUGGAGAGUGGGAAGAUUCUUGGUCGUUAUGUGGUUGACACCUCGAAAUGA